GAUAAGAUGGUCUAGAACGUGUGCACAGAAGACGAGUAGUCAACCUUCCUCUGGAAAUGACAAGAGCGGUGCACUGAGGGAGGCAGUGAGCAUUUUCAACCUCCUUUACCAUCUCGUGUGCUUAUGUAUUUAUUUGCAUGCAGCCGUUCCAAGCCAAACCGAGGAGAAUGAUUCUUCCCUGACGUUUUUCCACAACGCCACCUCCGUUACUUCCUUUAACACCUUCAUACUUCCUUUGGAUCUUGAGGGCUGAGAAGGCAUCGUUUCUAAGAGGAGAUACCCCUCGUGUAUGUCCGAACUUUAGAGUGUGUGUGUGUGUGUGUGGGCACACAGUGAGGUGUUGUGGAUGAGCUGGCCAUCGUUAAGGCGCUCGCAGGGGCUGUUUGUGUCUGUGGACGGAGAGGGAGGACAGAUCUACACCCGUCUGCCAGCCCAAUGCGGGAUUUGGGUUGAGCAUGGGAGGUUAGGUCAAGAGCUAGGCCCCCCUCCCUCCGUGGACGAGGCAGCGAACACAUUGAUGACUCGCCUUGGCUUCCUACUGGGAGAUAAGGUGAGCGAGGGGUCUCAAGGGCCACAGUACAGCAUGGAGGAGCCUGAUGACGCACAGGAUUUAGGAGCCAGCGGGAGGAUGAGUCCGUGUUCCACUUUGACCAGCAGUACUGCCUCUCCGCCCGCCUGCAGUCCCUGUUCCACACUGCCUCCAGCAGCUCCGGGACAGGCCGUCACCAGCCCCACAUCCACCCUCGAGAGCAGAGACAGCGGCAUUAUCGCCACCUUGACCAGUUACUCAGAGCCCACGGACAGGAGUGGAAAGCAUAGCGAUGGCUCUCGAGGCAGCAGCCUGAAGCUCUGGCACUCACACAAAUCUACGCUGGACUCCGGUCUGUACCGUGUGGAUGAGAACAUGGCCGCUUCCACCUACAGCCUCAACAAGAUCCCUGAGCCAGGCUCCACCCACUAUUCCUCUCAUCCCACCCCCCUCUACCUCAUGCCCCGCCCAAACUCUGUGGCAGCCACCAGUUCGGCCCACCUGGAGGACCUGGCCUAUUUGGAUGAGCAGAGACAUGCUCCCCUGCGUACCUCCCUGCGCAUGUCCCGACAAAACAUGGCCAUGGGCCGCACCGGGCAGGACCUGAGAGUGCGAUUCACUCCGUACAGACUGCAGGAUAUAGCACUUAAGCCUUUGCUUUUUGAGGUGCCCAGUAUCACCAUGGACUCUGUGUUUACUGGCCGUGAUUGGCUUUUCCAGGAGAUUGAUGCCUACUUGCGCACCUCCCACUUCGCCACCAACAGUGGCGUGAUCCUGGUGGGCAACAUCGGCUAUGGCAAGACUGCCAUCAUCUCACGCCUCGUGGCUCUCAGCUGCCAUGGCAACCGCAUGCGACAGAUCGCCUCAGACAGCCCACAGGCAUCACCCAAACAUGGCGAUGGUAUCCCUCUCACACAUCCCCAGCUUUCCCAUGGUACACUGGGAGGAGGAAGUUGCCCCGGAACUCCAGAAAUGAGGAGGAGACAGGAGGAGGCCAUGAGGAGGCUUGCGUCGCAGGUCGUGGCGUAUCACUACUGUCAAGCAGAUAACGCCUACACCUGCCUGGUGCCGGAGUUUGUGCACAAUGUGGCAGCUCUGCUGUGUCGCUCGCCACAACUCGCCGCAUACAGAGAACUGCUGUUGAAAGAGCCGCACAUACAGAGCAUGCUCAGUCUGCGCUCCUGUGUCCAAGAUCCACCCACUGCCUUCAGACGAGGGGUGCUCGAACCACUGGAUGCACUUUAUAAAGAGAGGAAAAUCACUCCAGAUGAAGACCUCAUCAUCCUCAUUGAUGGUCUGAAUGAGGCUGAGUUUCACAAACCAGAUUAUGGUGACACCAUUGUCUCUUUCCUCUGUAAAACCAUUAACAAGUUCCCAGUCUGGCUCAAACUGUUGGUGACUGUCAGAACCUCCCUGCAGGAAAUCACCAAAACUCUCCCGUUCCACCGAAUUUCUCUGGAUGCUCUAGAGGAGAAUGACGCCAUUGACCAGGAUCUGCAGAGUUACAUCCUGCACCGCAUCCACAGCAGUGUCGAGAUUCAGAACAAUAUCUCCCUUAAUGGCAAGAUGGACAACACCACCUUCAGCAAGCUCAGUUCCCACCUCAAGGCUCUCAGUCAGGGCUCUCUUCUUUACCUGAAGCUCACCUUUGAUCUGAUCGAACGCGGCUACCUGGUCCUCAAAAGCUCCAACUACAAGGUAGUCCCGGUUAACCUAGCUGAAGUCUACCUUCUGCAAUGUAACAUGCGCUUCCCCACGCAGUCGUCCUUCGAAAGGGCCCUUCCGCUGCUCAACGUCACCCUGGCCUCUCUGCACCCUCUCACUGAUGAGCAGAUCUACCAAGCCAUCAAUGCCAGCUCUGUGAAGGGAACUCUGGAAUGGGAAGACUUCCAGCAGAGGAUGGAUAACCUGUCAGUUUUCCUGGUGAAAAGACGGGAUGGAACUCGCAUGUUUGUGCACCCUUCCUUUAGAGAAUGGCUGAUCUGGAGAGAGGAAGGGGAGAAGACCAAGUUCCUCUGUGAUCCCAGGAAUGGCCAUACUCUUCUAGCUUUCUGGUUCUCCAGACAAGAGAGCAAACUAAACAGACAGCAGACAAUUGAGUUGGGUCACCACAUACUUAAAGCACAUAUAUUCAAGGGCCUGAGUAAGAAGGUCAGGGUUUCCUCAUCGAUCUUGCAAGGGCUGUGGGUGUCGUACAGUACGGAGAGUUUAUCUACUGCUCUUUCAUCAUUGAGAAACCUUUAUACCCCUAACAUAAAGGUGUCUCGACUGCUCGUUUUGGGCGGUGCUAAUGUGAACUACCGUACGGAGGUGUUGAACAAUGCUCCAGUGCUGUGUGUGCAUGCUCAUCUAGGCUACAUGGACAUGGUGAAUGUGCUGCUGGAAUAUGGUGCCAGUGUAGACUCAGCAUCUGAGAGCGGCCUCACUCCUCUGGGCUACGCAGCCGCCGCUGGACACCUGGGGAUAGUUACUGCCCUCUGCAAGAGGAAAGCAAAGCUUGACCACUUGGACAAAAAUGGUCAGUGUGCCCUAGUGCAUGCUGCUCUUCGGGGGCACCUGGAGGUGGUGAUGUUCCUCAUUCAGAGUGACUGGGGCACUGGAGGGCAUCAGACACAGCUCCAGACCCCCUCUCCUACACAAUCACAGGACACGCCCUCUCCAUCCCAAACACAGGCCACACGCUCACCCACACCACAGGCCACGCCUUCUUCUACAGAAGCAACACCCCAGCAGUCUCAGCCCUCCAGCCCCGAGCAGACAGAGCAGCAGGCCGAUUUGACGCAUACGCCGGAGGAGUCCGAGCAGAAGGCUGAUCCUCAGAUGGAGGAACAGGAAGAGACUGAACAACAGACACAAGCACAGACUCAGCAACAGACAUCACCACAACCAGUGACCUUCAACAAGAACAUUGCAAUGCAGCAGGCUCUUACAGCAGCAGCCAGCAUGGGUUAUACAGAGAUUGUCUCUUAUCUCUUGGACUUGCCUGAGAUGGAUGAAGAGGAGACACAAUGUGCCCAGAUUAACAGCUAUGAUACCCUGUGGGGAGAGACAGCACUGUCAGCAGCAGCAGGACGGGGCAAGCUGGAGGUUUGUCGGCUUUUAUUGGAGCGGGGCUCUUCAGUGUCUCAGCCCAACCGGAGAGGGGUGGUGCCACUCUACAGCUCUGUGCGUCAUGGGCACUGGCAGAUUGUGGACCUCUUAGUGACCCAUGGGGCAGACAUCAACCUGGCUGAUAAACAAGGGCGUACUCCACUCAUGAUGGCCGCCUCAGAGGGACACCAGGACACGGUGGAGUUCCUUCUGGCUCAGGAUGCAUCUAUGGAUCUGAUGGAUAAGGAGGGGCUGACUGCGCUCAGCUGGGCAUGUUUAAAAGGACAUCUGUCUGUGGUCCGCUGUUUGGUGGAAAGGGGCGCGGCAGUAGACCAUGCAGAUAAAAAUGGAAGAACCCCUCUCGAUCUGGCUGCCUUCUAUGGAGACUCAGAUGUGGUGCAGUUCCUGGUGGAUCAUGGGGCUUUGAUAGAGCAUGUGGACUACAGUGGGAUGCAUCCUCUGGAUCGGGCUGUGGGCUGCAGAAACACAUCAGUGGUGGUCGCCCUGCUUAAGAAAGGAGCCAAAAUCGGAUGUCAGACGCUGCCGAGUCGGCACAAAGGAGGUCCUGCCACCUGGGCCAUGGCGACAUCUAAACCGGACAUAUUGAUUAUCCUACUGAGUAAACUUUUGGAGGAGGGAGAUGGCUUCUACAAGAAGGGUAAAGUGAAGGAGGCAGCUCAGCGCUAUCAGAAUGCUCUCAAGAAAUUUCCCUGUGAAGAAUUAAGUGAGGACCUGAAGACCUUUAAAGAGCUCAAAGUGUCUUUGUUCCUGAACCUGUCUCGCUGUCGGAGGAAAAUGAAUGACUUUGGUAUGGCAGAAGAGUUUGCUACCAAGGCCUUGGAGCUGAAGCCCAAAUCAUAUGAGGCUUACUAUGCUAGAGCCCGUGCCAUGCGUAGCAGCAGGCAAUUUGCUGAAGCACUAGAAGACCUGAGGGAAGCUAUAAAGCUGUGUCCCAACAGUCGUGAGAUCCAGCGACUUCUUCAGCGUGUGGAGGAGGAGUACAGACAAGUUACCCAACCAGAGGAGCAGGAGCUCGAGCCUCCUCCAUCUCCACCUCCAUCUCCCUUACCAGUUGAGGAGGAUGAGGAACCCCCUCAUCAUACCCCUCCCCCUGAGCCAAGACUGGAUGAUAUGGAACCUGUCCAGGACUUAUUUGAAGAUGAUGACUUUUUGGAACAAGAGCUAGAGGCUGUGUCUCUUGGCCUUGCCUCUGAUAUUCGCUCAAACACCUCCAGCCUGGCAAUUAUACGAAGUCCUCCCCAUUCUCCAGCCCAUCAUGACACAGGCUACCUAUCUGGUAGGCAGGCUUUUGAGUUCCACCCCAGCUCCUCCUCCAUGUCAUCCCCUACCCAUCAUAGUUACCAGUCCACCUCCCCAUGCAUCUCCCCUACACAUCAAAACUCCCACUACCGCCACAGUCCACCCCACACCUCGUCUGCCCGGUUCAGCCCUCCACCCAUGGGCAGUGGAGGGAACCAGGGGAUGGACUACCAGAGGCCUCCACCCUCUCCUCUUCAACGUGGAUUCAGGGCUAGCCCUCCAGUGGAGAGUGUUUGUUUAUAUCGAUCCCAGUCUGGCUCUCCAGUCCGCUACCAGCAGGAGCCUCUACCUAGCCGACCUAAAUCGCCACUGUUGAAGAUGAGUAGCCAACGUUCCUUCCAGCUCCAGUCACAGCCUUCGCAGUCCAGCCAGCACCACCAGGCUCAGGGUCUCCGCCUGCAGCCCUCUAUGGCACAGAUUGUCCGCACUAACCAGCCCAGUAACAAUGCAUACAGCCAGAUGGCUCACCCACUCAGCAGUAGGUACCAGGGUAGUUCCAUGGAUGUGGACAGGGAACGAGAGCGGGAGGCCAGGCUGGUGUACCAGCCCUCCCUGGAUGGCCGAUCCAUGUCACAAGUGCAAUCCAGCCUUAGAGUGGGAGCACUUUGUCAGCAUGGAGGCCGAGGUGGGCCUGGCGGGGUUCUAGAAUCAAAUUUGGGGAAAGAAGAACAUCCUCAACGUCCAGCUUCAGCUUAUCGUUCCACCACAGGGGGACCUGGAGGUAUGCGCUUCAGCCAAACACCCCAGAUUAGUCGCAGUCAGUCAGCGGCAUACUACCCUGUCUCGAAGCAUGAACUUGAGAGGGCAGUGGCAGCCUCUGCUCUGCCAUCAUGCCAGCUGGGCUCUCCCGAGAUCCCUCACCUUGUGCGUAGGCCUAUCAGUGCCAACACAAGUGACCUAAAGCAGCAUGUGCCACCCCCCAGACCACUGAUACACUCCCAGAGUGUAAAUCUUCGCUUCUCCCCCUCUAGCACUAAUAUUUCCUCAGGCUCCAGCUGCAAUCUAGCCCCUGGCUUUAGACCCUCCUCCUCCUCCAUGGCCCAAAUGGAAAUCCCAUUGCAAGUUGCAUAUGAACGAAGCUUUGAUGAGGCAUCUGCUCUGUCUCCCUCUCAGAGCGGGCUCUACGCGGGUGAACCCGCUCGAUCCCGGACCACGCCGUUCAUGGGAGUUAUUGACAAGACUGCAAGGACUCAACAGCAGUACCUUCACCAGCCUUCCCGCGCUUGGCCUGUGUCGUCCCUGGAAUCGGUCAUCACUAGCCCCACAUCGCCUGGCAAUUUGAUCCACCAAGCAUCCACUGCUUCCUCCUACAGCCCACCUACUUCUCUAGGCAAUAUUGCCUACUACAAUAAGACCAAUAAUGCCCAAAAUGGACACAUGCUGGAAGAGGACUUCUAUGCCCAGCCGCAGCCCUCCUCCCUGGGCAUGCUCGCCAACGGAGGGGCCCGUGAUCGAGACCGCCUGGAGCGGGUUAGCCAGGUGCCCACAUACCAGGAUGUUAAAGUGGCACGGACGAUGCCUGUGGCACAGGCAUACCAGGAGAACAUGUACCGUCAGCUUUCCCGUGAUUCCAGACAAGGUCCCACCUCGCCCAUCAAACCAAAGAGACCCUUUGUGGAGUCAAACGUUUAAUAGGCACCCAAAAGGUUGGCACAAAGGUGUGUGUGGAAGUGAAUAUUUAUGUCAGUUCUUAUGUGAGGGACUGUGUAGGUCCAGGAUAUUAAAACCAGUAUUUCUUGUAUAGAAAUAAGCAUAGGAAAAAUACUUUUAAUAAACUACAAAAAAUGCAGUGUUAAAAGUUCUGUACAAAUAUCUGUGCCUAUUUAAGGUGGACUCAAUCUAUUGUUAAAAACCUAGUAUUUAGAACUUGGGUGGUGGGCAGGUUCCAAAAACCCUGAAAGCACCCCUUUGGAGUGUUAGAAUACAAGUAAAAAAAUGUUCUUUAAAACUGCACAUUAUAAAAAAGCACAUUUCUUGACAUUGGCGAGGCCUACAAAGAGGAAUUGUGUAUCUUGCCAUUGUUCCCAGUACUAAAAUGUAUUAUAUUGGGCAUCUACGUGUUAAACUCAUUCCCGCUCUUCCCAAUGAAACUAAACAAAACUGCUAGGCUUUCUGGACAUCACAAUGUUGGAUUGUUCUAUACUGUAAAAAGUGAAAAAUAAUAAGUUUCAAUCUAAACUGUAGUUACAGAAGGAAAAAUUCAUAUUUAUAAUUAAGUUAUAUGAUGUAUAGAAAUAUUAGAGCAGUUUUUGUGCCAGUUUUAUUUUAUUUUUUUAUGUAUUGAUUUUGCCUUUGGAAAGGGUAUGAAAUAUUUUCAAAAUGGUGAUUUAGAGUUUGUGACAAGAGAUUAUUAUCUUUACAGUUAUUAACUUACAGUUCUGGCUCCCAGGCAAAAACAAUGUGUAUGUCAAAAUUCACAGUUGCAGAGUGGCAAUAAUAUUAUUGCCUUCUUGGGAAUAAGCUCACUUAAUAUGGUAUUUUUCAACUAACCCUCAAAUUCAGUGGAUAUCUCUUUUGUUCUUAUUAACAAGAUUAGCUCAGUUAAUUACCAAGCACUGGAGUGGCAAAACUGCCAUAUUUCAAGUGAAACGAAUGUAUCACACCAUAGACGUCUUAUAAACUCUACAGUAUGUAUACUACGCAACACAAUGUUUCAGGGGAGUUUGCAAAGGUAGUAAUAGAAUUUCUUCUUUUUUGUUUCUUUAUUGUUUUAAGAAAUGGAUUAUUGCAUUUUCACAGAGAAGCAUCAGUAUAUCAAGUGAAGUAUGUUUGUUUUAACUUUAACUGUUUUUGUAAUUUUGGGCUGCACUGAUAGUCUGUGACAUUCUGGAGAAAGAGAGCACUUUAUUCAUUUGUAAGGAUUUUAUGGAAUGUGAAUACUGGGGGUUUGGAGAUGUUUGUGUUUUUGAAUCUGGGAUGAAACAUCCUUACUAACAAACAUUCAGUGAACACUGGAAAAUAACCUGUGAUUAGUUGUACUAGAAAACAAAAUAGCAGUCAUUGUCCUUGGUGCAAUUCUAAUUUUUAAAGCAAAUGAAUGAACAGUAAUAUAAAAUAACAGAAUUAUGUUUUUAAAAAGAUAUAAAAAUUUGUAUAUAACAGCCUUUAUAGAGCACAGUGUACUUGCUGUAUAUUGUGGCCAAAUGUGUUUAUGCAUACAAAAUCCUGCUCUCCUCUGCAAACGCCAAAUGCAAUUUAAAUGAGUCUCACAUGUCAAACAGUUUAGUGGCAUCACACACUCUCCCAAAAUGCAAACCAGCUGUUUUGAAAUAGUGUAUUUGUGGUGUAAAAAAACAUAUUCAGCUAGUUCCUUUUGAAGUUCUCAGCUUCAGAAUGCAGUAUUAUUAACAUGCAGAACUAACUGUGGCUUUGGUCAGAUCUCAAAAACACAGUAUAUGGACAGAUACCAUAUUCACAUUUCCACUGUUGUUAGUGUAAACCUGCUUAAAUCAAGAGGGGAAGAUAAGCUAAGUAAAUACAAAGGUGCGAUGCAGUUUUCAGUGCAAGUUAUUUUUGCUGUACAUAAUUUGAUGCAUGAUUUAUCCUCCAUUCUCCCCACAAAACUGACAUGUACAGAUAUUCAAGAAUCUGUUCUAUGUCUGAAGCCGAAAGAGGACAGAAAACCUGACAAAAAAAAUAAAAUAAUCUCACCUCUCAUCACCACCAAACACAACAGUAGAGACAUGGCGUUUACCUCUGAAGGGUUUGACCAUUCUUUGUAGUUUUCAGUUGAGAUUUGAGUUGACUUUAUUGUAUUUGCUUGCUAAGCAGAGUUUCUCAUCUGUAAAUGUGAGCUUUCAGAGCGCUGUGACAACAUUCAAUGACUUCAAUAAAUCAGAAUGUGUUUUUAUCA